AUGAGUUGUCGCAGUCGAAGGGUACGUGGUGGCGAGGUGGGCGUGGUUUGCGCACAAUAUGGAGGCGGAGUAUCGGCCGUCCGUCCGGCCCGCGUGUACAUCGUUGCUGUGGAGGAGGUCGUAAUGAUGGAAGAGUUCGUGGUAAUGGGUAAGGACGUGGUAGUUGAGGCGGUCUUCGUGCUUGGGAAGGACGGGGUGGUGCAGGAGGUUCUGGCAGUGGAGGAGGUCCUGGCGGUGCAGGGAGGUUGUGGUGGUGGAGGAAGUCUAGUGGUGGAAGAGGUCGUUGCGCUGGAGGAACCCGUUAUGAUGGGUGGUGAUGGUAGUGUUGACAGUCCCACUUUGAUGCACGUUCAGAGUGAUUCUGAUCAGAAUUGA